AUACAAAGGAAAAGAAAAUCAAAACGGAAAGCGAGGAGAAAUGCUUUACUCGUCUGUUGAAAAUUUGUUGAGAUGUGAAUUGUAAAUAUUACCUGAUUCCUAUUUCGCACCGAUUGAAAGUGGUUAUGCAUCGAAGCGUGUGUUGUGUCAAGAACCGAGCGUGGAACGUACAGUGAAUACCUGAUUUUGCCUGGGUGUGAAUCGAAUUCGUGUGAGAGAGCGUGCGAUCUGAGAACUGGGAUCAGAAAUCUAUAUCUACUUGCCAUACGCAGUCAGAAAUUACAGCAACCAACUAAUCCCUGUCAAUAGUCAGCCUUCUAGGAAAUGGAUUUCGUCCAAGUGUCGGAGGAGGAGGGCGACGAGCCCAUCGAGCUGCCGGCUGAGGAGGAUGGCACUCUGCUGCUGUCCACACUGCAGGCGCAGUUCCCUGGAUCCUGCGGCCUAAAGUACCGCAACCUGGACACGAAGGCUGUGCGCGGAGUUCGCUCCAACGAGGGCAGACUGUUUCCGCCCAGCGUGGAGUCCGGCUGGGGCGAGUACGCUUACUUUUGCGUCUUUCCCAAGGAGAACAAACGCAAGAGCGACGAUAACUUGGAGAACUCAACUGCCAAGACCAAGCGCAUCGAGACCCGUCUGCGCUGCACUGAUCUCAUCGUGCUCGGCUUGCCGUGGAAGACCACCGAGGAGAGCUUGCGUGAGUACUUCGAGACCUACGGCGAGGUGCUGAUGGCCCAGAUCAAGAAGGACACCAAGUCGGGCCAGUCCAAGGGCUUCGGGUUCGUGCGCUUCGGCUCUUACGAUGCCCAGAUGCGCGUGCUCACCAAUCGCCAUCUGAUUGACGGCCGCUGGUGCGAGGUUAAGGUGCCCAACUCGAAGGGCAUGGGCCACCAGGUGCCUUGCAAAGUGUUCGUGGGCCGCUGCACCGAGGACAUAAACUCGGACGACUUGCGCGAGUAUUUCUCCAAGUUUGGCGAGGUCACUGAUGUGUUCAUUCCCCGGCCCUUCAGGGCCUUUAGCUUUGUAACCUUCCUCGACCCCGACGUGGCACAGUCCCUGUGCGGAGAGGAUCACAUUAUCAAGGGCGUUUCGGUCCAUGUGUCGAAUGCUGCCCCAAAGGCCGAGCAAAACAGAAACCAGCAGGUCCAGAGCUACAACUACAACUCUGCCAACAGCUUUGGCAUGCACUCAUACCACCCACAGGGUAACCACAUGAAUCCCGGCCGCAACGGACACCACCGAGGUAAUAACCAACACAAUGCUCACGGCGGUGAGAACGCAAUUGUGCCCAAUAAUCACAACAUUGGCACCGCCGGCUACGGCAUGGGUGGCAACAAUUACGGCGGGAACUCGGGCGGGGGCUACCACAACAAUGGCGGCAAUCACUCCAGUGGCGGGAACGCGAACCGCCAGGACGGCGGCAGCCAGUACAACAGUCGCCAGUCGAAUUUUCACGGGAUGAACCAGCCGCAUAACGGCAACGUGGGCGGCAGCAACGGCUGGAUGAACCGUGGCCACCUGGACAUGCCCAACCUGCAGGCGCUGGGCAUCAACUCGCAGGGAUCGAGCUCCUCCAACCAGGGCCAGAACAUGAGCAACCAGUCAAUGCUUAAUCUAAACUCAUUGCCCAUCAAUCCCGCACUGGUCGCUGCCGCCUUGAACCAGUGGAGCCUGGUCGGCAACCAGCUGCAGAACCAAAACCAGGACCAGCAGGGCGGCAAUUUUCUAUCCUGGAUGGCUCAGAACGGGGGCCACAACAACGCGAACAACUUUGGUGGACGGAAGGGGCCGAAUAACCCGAACAACAAUCCGGUCGCCAACGGAAUAAAGACCGACAACUCGGAGUCACAGAAUGGGAACACCGGUUGGUCGAACCAGAGCAGCGGAUCUCAAAACACCGCGGAGAAGUCAAACUUUCUUUAAGGCGGUGCCAGCCACCCAAUAAUGUGGUUAAUGAUAACCAACACCUCUGUAGCUUACUUAAAUUUACAUAUAUGUAUUCCACAUACAAACCAGUUAAGAAUUGUAUUUAAUAUGUAAUAGCUAUUUUGAUAAUUGUAAACAAGAUGACACUGGAUGGCUAAUAACACAAUUUAUAAAACACACUUCGAAAUAAAUUCUGCGCCAAAGCUCAGUAAAAAGCUCUGCAUUAUAGAA